AUGGAGCUAUUAGCUGCGCAGAACGAGCACCGCGGGCCGACGCAGCAACAAGGGGCGUUAUGGCCGCCCACACCGCCACCAUCGGCACACACAAACCCCUUCCUGACCCCCGCGGACACGAACCCCAACUCUGCUAACUGGAGCUAUGAGCACAUUGUGAAGGAAGUGGACGCUGCUUAUGGGCCGCAGUCAGAGCACGCUGCAGCUGUUGGCAUCGAGCUGAGGCAGAGAGUCAGGAAACAAGGUGAAACCAUGCACACACUCCGAGACGACAUCUAUGAAAAGGUCGCUAUUGUGUAUGGUGACCGUACUGAACUGGAACAGGACUGUGUAGCUGUGGAGAUUUUCACUAAUGCGAUGACCGACGCUGACAUUAUCCAAAAGCUCCUUGAAGAGAAGCCUCGUACACUCGCUUGUGCCUAUGACAUUGCCCACCGGUACGUGACCACAAAGAGAGCAGCCAGGGCCGUAACACAGAUGAUGCGUCCAGGGCUGGGUCCCCGCGGCUCGGCAGCAAGAGCGGCUGUGGUAUUGGAGGAUGCUCCAGCCUCUGAAUGCGAUCAACCAAGAACAACGGAUGUAAAUUUCAUUAUGGCCGACACCGCCCGAAGCACCGAGGUCAUCCUGGGACAUCCCUUCCUGCGUCAGUCCAAUGCAUGCCUGGACUACGGCCGCCGAGAGAUAUCCCUCUUCAACGUAAAAGUUCCACGCUACGACCCCAAUUACCAGCCUGCUGCCGCCCAUGUCGUCCGGAUUGCCCGCACCACUGUCCUGGAACCUGGUCGUGAGUAUGUGGUACCUGGGUCCGCCAGCCUCCGCUCUCAAACCGGUGGCGACCUGAUGCUCAGUCCAACCAAGGCCUUUAUCGAGAAACACUGUGUCCUGGUGGCCCAUGCGGUCGUCCAACCACUAAAGUCCGCCGGCAUUCCCAUCCGAGUCUUCAACCCUGGGUCUACGCCUGUCACCCUGAAGAGAGGAACCGUGGCCGGUGUCCUCCAGCCUGCCGAGGUGGUGGCCACCCUUGAGUCGGCGCCAACCUUGCCCCCGUCUAAGCCAGGGCCCAUUAACUCUGUUUCUGUCCCUUCCCACUUGCAGGUCAUGUAUGGUGAGAGCUGCUCCAUCCUGUCAGAGGGUGACUGCAACAAACUCGCCCAUCUGCUACAUUCCUACGCCGAUAUCUUCUCUACUGGCCCUACUGACCUCGGCCGCACCAACAUCGUGCAACAUGACAUCCAGACCCUGCCAGGGCCUCCAGUCAAGCAGCCUCCACGCAGAAUGGCCGCCGACAAGCAGCUCGCCGCCGACCAGCAGCUUCAACAGAGUCUCGACGCGGAGCAACUGGAGCGCUCGCACCAACUUGCACGAGAGGCUCUGGGAAAGGCCUCUGAAAGAGCAAAGAGACAGUAUGACAAGAACAUUUGCCAAACUCAGUACCUGGUCGGUUCUGCGGUGUGGUACCUAGUCAAAGGCACCAAACGAGUAAGACACAAGGUCCGCAAGUUCCUGCCGUCCUACGAGGGCCCUUACUUUAUCGUGGGUCAGCUGGACGACUUGGUGUACCAGAUCCAGAAAGGUCCAAGGGCAAAGAUUAAAGUUGUGCACCACGACAAGCUCAAACCUUUCCAUUCCAGAGCCCUGCUCGACAACAGCUGGGUUUUCCAGAGAAACGACACACCAACACCACUGGAGGUGUCUCCCCCUGUGUCUGAUGUGGACUCUGACACGGACUUCGGCCCUCUUCAGCUGUGGGACACUACUUCCGAGGAUACCCUUUCAGACACCAGAGACACUACCUCUGACUUCGAGAAUACCCCGGCCGCCGCCAGAGAGGUUGCUGGUCCUUCACCACCUGGCCCUCAACCACCUGCCAGCCCCACACAGCCUCAGUGGGAUGAGGUUGGCACUCGGCAUACAUCGCAGAGCGUGAGACGCCUUCACCGUUCGAUCUCUGCCCCUCUGUCCAGGUCGCUAAGGACACGGAGAGCACCUGAUAAGUUUGGUGACUGGCUUAGUCACUAG